AUGACACUCCCUGACAGGCAGUGUCCUGCCCCCUCGGUCCGUGGGCAGCCACGGGGCUGCCUCAGGGGAACCGUGCACGGCGGGGCCGGCUCGGGGCACUGCUUUCAAACCGCCCCUCUCCCGGGCGCCGGGGCGGGCGGGCGGGCGGGCAGGCGCGGUCAGACCCCUCCCCCCCCGCCAGGGUGCCGCGGCGCUGUGAGAGCCCCGCGCCCGGGAGCCGUGGCCUGGCGCCCUCCCGCCCCCGGGAAGACCGGGCCCCUGGGAAGGGGGGAACUGACCCCAGGCGCGAGGAGAAGUAACGCGCAUGCGCGCGCGCGCGCACACCCCCCCCCCCACCGCGCGCUCUUCUCCCUGUGCGGCCGCUGCCCCGGAACCCUUGAUUCGCGGGCUGCGUUUCCCGCCCCGGACGCCUUUCGGCGGCCCCUCGAGCCGCCUGUUUCCGGAGCUGCGCCGACGUCCCAAGAGGGGGCGGCAGCUAGCGCUAGUGGCGCAGCGCUGCGGGUUGACAGGCUUCCACCCUCGUCUCCGCCGCCUGACGGGCCCCGGGCUCCCUGCGCCGCCAUGUCCAUCUUCACCCCCACCAACCAGAUCCGCCUCACCAACGUGGCCGUGGUGCGCACCCGGCGCGCCGGGAAGCGCUUCGAGAUCGCCUGCUACCGCAACAAAGUCAUGGGCUGGCGGAGCGGGGCUGAAAAAGACAUUGAUGAAGUUCUACAGACCAACACGGUAUUUGUAAACGUCUCUAAAGGUCAAGUUGCAAAGAAGGAAGAUCUCCUCAAAGCUUUUGGAACUGAUGACCAAACAGAAAUCUGCAAGAUGAUUUUAACAAAAGGGGAGUUGCAGGUAUCUGACAAAGAGCGACACACACAAUUGGAGCAGAUGUUUAGAGAUAUUGCAACUAUUGUUGCUGAGAAAUGUGUGAAUCCUGAAACAAAGAGGCCAUACACAGUAAUCCUUAUUGAAAGAGCCAUGAAGGAUAUCCACUAUUCUGUUAAACCAAACAAGAGUACCAAACAGCAGGCUUUGGAAGUGAUCAGACAGUUAAAGGAGACUAUGCAGAUUGAGCGGGCUCACAUGAGGCUGCGGUUUAUUCUCCCAGCAAAAGAGGGCAAGAAGCUAAAAGAGAAACUCAAACCACUGAUCAAAGUUAUAGAGAGUGAAGACUUCGAUGAGCAGUUAGAAAUUGUGUGCCUCAUUGACCCAGGCUGCUUCAGGGAGAUAGAUGAACUGAUCCGGUGUGAGACUAAAGGGAAAGGCUCGCUCGAAGUACUCAGUUUGAAAGAUGUGGAAGAAGGAGAUGAAAAGCUUGAAUAAAACCCUUCAUCAACCUCACUUUUGUGGUAAACACUACUAAGAGGCAGACUUAAGCCACCUCAUUGUUACAUUUGUUUUUCCAAUCUAUUGCUGCCAAAUAACUGCUAUCACUUGCUCAAUUUGAGAUUUUUCUAUUCCACGUUUACUUGCAUCUGUCUGGGUAACAAGUGCCUUUUAAUAAAGAGGGGUUUGAGUGUUCGAUUUGCACAAAGGAUCAUGUUAUAGGACUUAACAGUGAAAAGCUAUACUAGCUUUGUUUUGGUGUGGGUACUGAUUAUCAGUGGUCAUCUGCGCUAUUGAGGGUCCCAAGUCCUUCUCCCUUUAAUUUUAGUUCAGGCUGGAAGGCUGCAUAUAUCCCAGAGAGGCUUACUGUGUAUGAGGAGAAACAUGCACAGGCAAAUGAAUUAAAUGAAGUGUCACUUAAAACAGUGCAUAGAGUUAGUGUGUAUAAUAUUAACCUUGUUUAGUGGCAACAUAAGUAGGUGUGACCUAGACUGCCACAUGCUACUGCUAGAAAAAUUUUGCUAUUUUCAAAUAGUGGACCAUUCUUCUAUAUUUUAUUCAUGGGACACAUGCAAAACAUCCUAACUUGAGGGGAAAAAAGUGUUCCCCUAAUUCAUCUUUUCAGCUAUUUAAUGAAGUAUAAUAUAUAAAGUAUUUUAUAGGAUCUGGCACAAAUAUCGUAGUCCUUUAUGCUUCUGUAAGGCUGAAGCUAUGCUUCCACAAUCUGCAAAAAUUCACUACUAAAAUAAAUCUGAGACUAGACCAAGGAAUCUGCUCGUUGAUAGACAAGUUCCCCAGAUUUCCACUGCUAGAAGUUAUGCAUGUUCCUUUUCUCAUCCAAGAUAAAAGCCAAAAUGCUUUCAAAUUCUCUAGUAUCUUCAUUUUAGACCCUUUGUAUAUCUUGCUGAUGUCCACACAUACUUUUUGCCAACCCACCUGCUGCAGAAGAUAUAGCACUAAACUAUUUCCUUGCUAAAAUUACAGUACAGUUUUUUCAAACUAGAUUGUAUAUGAAUAAUACAGCUAAGCAGCUCCUAGAGAUGCAUUCAUACUUCCUGAGAGAGAAUACAAAAUAGAGGGGAAAGAGUAAAUGAUAUUAGUCAGCCUACCAUCUAUGGAUAGUUCAAGGAUAAGCAUGGAGUUUAAAUAGUAUGCCUGGCAUUAAACAACUACUGUAACAGUAGUACAAUGCAGCAAAACAUGCAUUAGUAGGUUGGUACAAUUUCUGUCCCCUAGUUUUAGAGGAUGAGCAAGUACACUGGUCACUUGCUGACUCCUAGAGGUAAGCUGCAUGUGAUGAAGUUGUCAGCUGCCUGAUUUGAUGCAUACAUUUUCUGCAAAGAUCUACAUGUUCUUAGUUUAUAACUACAACAAACAUACUAACACAAGUACCUAGCAAAGCCCCUCUGUCCCCCUCUCAGAAAUUUACCUCCCCUUUAGUCUUACAGCCUAAGCUUGUUCACAGAUCAGAUUACAGGGAAGGCCAAUAAUAAAUUUAGAAGUACUUAAGUCCCACUGAUAGUCAAUGGAAUAUGGGCUCCUUAGGCAUUAAGCAUUUUGAAAAUUGAAAUUACCUGUGUGAUUUUGCUGCCAUGUCUCCUUAUAUGGCCACACAUUAGACAAAGUAGCCUUACCCAAACUAUGUUAAGCCCUUAAUUGUGCUAUUUGAGAUAGUUGAGCAACAAAGAUACUAAUCAGUACUAAUCCAAUUGAGAUUAAUUGGGCAAUUCAUUGGUCACAUCUAGUGUUUUAGGUUGCCUGCAGCUUCAGCCAUCACUGCAUCCAUAAGUAGAACUGGUUUUUUUAAGUGAUAAAGCUGAGUUUCUGAAGAACAAGUUUAGGAGUAGCAGGAGAAGGAUAAAUUGCAAUAAUUUAGCAGAAUCCCAUUCACAAACUUGCUGACAGUGGGGGAAGUUUAUCUCCCUGUAAAACCUUCUUUAAGAUAUGGGUGAGUUUUUCAGGUUUUUUCUGCAGAAGGAGUUCCUUUUUGAUGUUUUUGUAUUUUUAUGUACAGGUGGUUUGUUUAGUAUUUAUGGGUCAGGAAGAAUGGCUGACAAAUAUCAAAAUAAACUUUAUUAAAAUUGUUGACUAUCACAUG